CCCGCACUGACCGUCUCUGUUGCAGGCUGUCCGCGGUGGACGAGUCGCGCACCUCGCUCACGUCCCAUUCCGACAUCAGCUACGACCGCACCGAGGACGACGUGGACCUGGACGUGACGGUGGUGAAACCCCUGAAGCGCAAGUCCCAGGAGCGCCCGCGCUCGUCUCUGGCCCCCCUGAUUGGCCCCGUGGUCGCAGCAAAGCGCACGCGCCCCCCGGUGCUGCCAGCCGCCAGCGCGAGUGAGCCCCCGGGGACCCUCCCAGCCGGGGCCGUUGCUGAAGACGGAGGCCGGGACCGGAGACUGCUGCCCGCGGUGCCAGUGCUGGGCCGACGCUCGCGCCAGGGCCGACGUCUCUCCACGCUCACAGAGCUGACCACGGUGUGGGGGAGCAGUGAGGACUCGGACGGCCGCCCGGACAGUGGGGCAGGGCUGGAGCCCAGGGGGCUGGACCCCUUCCCCUCCCCGCCGCAGGGGGCGCCGCCGCCCCAGCACCUCUUCACUUCCAAAACGGUGGGGAGCAGCGCGGGUGAUCCGCCCCGAGUCCUGCUCCGUCUGCGGCAUCCGUGCCCGGUUCGGGCGGGUGGUGCUGCGGUGCCGGCGCUGCCGCCUGCUGCUGCACCCCGAGUGCCGCGGGCGCUGCCCCAGUCUGUGCACCCCGGGCCCCCGGCCCCGCCCCCGGGAGGGUGUCCUGGCCGACUUUGCGCCCCCCGCGGCCCCCCUGGUGCCCGCCCUGGUGCUGCACUGCGUGAGCGAGGUGGAGCGCAGGGGCCUGACGGAGACAGGGCUGUACCGGGUGCCCGGCGCGGAGCCGCUGGUGCGGGAGUGGAAGCAGAAGCUGCUGCGGGCCAAGGGGGCGCUGCCCACGCUGAGCCACGUGGGCGACGUGCACGUGGUGUGUGGGGUGCUGAAGGACUUCCUGAGGGGCCUCAAGGAGCCGCUGGUCACCUUCCACCUGCACCCCACCUUCCUGCGGGCUGCCGACAUCCCGGACGAGGCCGCCUGCCAGGCAGCCCUGUGCCACGUGGUGAGCAAACUGCCCCCCGCCAACCGGGACACACUGGCCUUCCUCAUGCUGCACCUCCUGAG